GCGACGCCCAAACCCUCUACGCCUUCUCUCUGUUUCUCUCGCCCCGCCUCCGCCGCCGGAGCCAAGCGCCAAACUCAAAUUCGACCCGGACCUAGCGUCCUCCGGCUGCUGCCGCGGGGCCGGGCCUGCCGGGCUUCUCCGCACGCCGCCGUGGCAGCGAGCCAGCAUGAGCCAAGUGCUGUUCCAGCAACCCGUCCCGCUGCAGGUGAAAUGCAAGGACUGCGAGGAGAGGAGAGUAAGUGUUAGAGUGAGCAUCGAGCUACAAUCAGUUUCUAAUCCAGUUCACAGAAAGGAUCUAGUUAUUCGUCUGACUGAUGACACGGAUCCGUUUUUUCUGUAUAACCUUGUUAUAUCUGAGGAAGAUUUUCAAAGCUUAAAAGUCCAGCAAGGCCUUCUGGUGGACUUCUUAGCUUUCCCACAGAAGUUCAUAGAUCUUCUUCAACAGUGCACUCAAGAGCACGCCAAGGAAAUUCCAAGGUUUUUGCUACAGUUAGUUUGUCCAGCAACAAUUUUGGAUAACUCACCUGCAUUUUUAAAUGUGGUAGAAACAAAUCCCUUUAAGCAUCUUACACACCUCUCACUAAAACUUUUACCUGGAAAUGAUGUGGAAAUAAAGAAAUUUCUAGCAGGCUGCCUGAAAUGUAGCAAGGAAGAAAAAUUAGCAUUGAUGCAAUCACUAGAUGAUGUUACUAGGCAACUGAACUUCACACAAAAGACAUUAUCAGAAAAAACCCAAGAAUUAGACAAGUUACGGAAUGAAUGGGUGUCACACACAGCAGCGUUGACAAAUAAGCAUUCUCAGGAACUGACGAGUGAGAAGGAGAAAGCCUUGCAGGCACAGGUACAAUAUCAACAACAGCAUGAACAGCAGAAUAAAGAUUUAGAAAUCCUCCAUCAACAAAACAUCCACCAGCUACAAAACAGACUGUCUGAGUUGGAAACUGCUAAUAAAGACCUGACGGAAAGAAAAUAUAAAGGAGAUGCCACUGUCAGAGAGCUGAAGACCAAGCUCUCGGGUGUGGAGGAGGAGCUGCAGCGGACCAAGCAAGAAGUCCUUUCACUGCGAAGAGAGAACUCUGCACUAGAUGCUGAGUGCCACGAGAAAGAAAAGCACAUUAAUCAGCUGCAGACAAAGGUGGCCGUUUUAGAACAGGAAAUCAAGGAUAAGGACCAGCUUGUUUUAAGAACAAAAGAGGCUUUUGAUACAAUCCAGGAACAGAAGGUGGCUUUAGAAGAAAACGGUGAGAAAAACCAAGUGCAACUCGGAAAACUUGAAGCUACAAUAAAAUCAUUGUCAGCAGAACUUCUGAAGGCAAAUGAAAUCAUCAAGAAGUUGCAAGGGGAUCUGAAAAUGCUCCUGGGUAAACUGAAGCUGAAGAACACAGUCACCAUUCAGCAGGAAAAGCUCCUGGCUGAGAAGGAGGAGAAAUUGCAGAAGGGACAGAAGGAGCUGCAGGAUGUUGGCCAGGCCCUUCAUGUCAAGGAGCAGGAGGUAUGCAAAUUACAAGAGCAGUUAGAAGCUACAGUUCAGAAACUUGAAGAAAGCAAACAGCUUCUAAAAAAUAAUGAAAAGUUAAUCACAUGGUUAAAUAAAGAGCUCAAUGAAAAUCAGGUCAUGAGGAAGCAGGAUGCGUUGGUGCCUUCCAUGACUCCACCUGCACAUGCCAGCAGCACCGCGGUCAGAAGUGGGAUUUCUCCUAACAUGAACAUGGUUGAUGGUAGGCUGACUUACCCAACUUGUGGGAUUGGUUAUCCUGUCUCUUCUGCAUUUGCAUUCCAGAAUACCUUCCCUCAUUUGAUAACUGCCAAAAAUACUGUCCACUCUGUUUCAGGACCAAAGGUUCAGUUUAACCUGCAGUUCACCAAACCAAACACAUCGCUUGGAGACAUCCAGUCAGGUGCACCUAUAAGUGCGCCAUGCUCAGCUGACAAGGAGAAUGGUGAAAAUUUAGGGCUGGAAUCUAAGUACCUGAAGAAGAGGGAAGAUAGCAUUCCAUUACGAGGACUCAGCCAGAACCUCUUCAGCUCGGACCUUCAGAAAGACGGCAGCCUCGGAGCCGCGCCCACGGCGUCCAAGCCCAUGGCACUCGCGGCCACCUCGUCAGCCUACUUCCCUGGGCAGUUGCCGAGCAGUUAG